CAGAUAUGGAGGAGAUGUGGCAACUCUGGACCACACACAGUCAUGAUGUCAUGGCACAACUGUACACACACAGUCGUGAUGUCAUAGGAAACCUGUGCACACACAGUCAUGAUGUCACAGCAGAGCUGUGGAGGGUGUGGGACCUGGUACAACAGUCAGUGGUUGCUAUGUUGGCUGUCCUGAUGCAGGUUGCUGAAGGAUCAUCUAUGAAAGCAGAUGUCUGGGGACAGAGACUUGCCGUGGGUUUUGUAGCUGUGCUGCUGACUGCCAUGAUGUGUAGGAUAGUCGUACAUGUCACACAAGGAGGCAGAGAAGCUACAAAGAAGCGGAGGGUUACAAAGUGCAGCACCAAACCUAGAUGUCUUCAGUCACCAGGCCUAAGAGACAUAGACCUGUUUGAUUUAGCAAAGACUGCCUACCGACCAGGCUAUGCAAAGAAGGUAGCAGAGGAAGUGGAGAGACGUCACCUGGACAUCAACCAGACCCUCCCCAGUACUGGGAUGUCCCUGUUUCUGUGUUCCUGUCUGAGUGGCUCUCAUGAGCUGGUACACAAACUCAUCAAGAAAGGUGCAGACAUGCAGGUGCGCUCUGCGGCAGGUGACAGUGCGCUGUACCUGGCAGUAUACGGCUGCACCUGCUCACACCAGACCAACUUGUCCCUCGUACGCAGUCUCAUAGAUGCAGGCUGUGAUGUGAAUGCUGCCAAUGACCGAGGGAACACCCCCCUGCACCAGGCUGCCAUGAGUGGGAACAUCCCACUCAUCAAGCUGCUGCUCAAACAUGGUUCCGACCCUUACAUCGCGAACAGUGCCAACAUUCUGCCCAUCGACUGCGCAACAAACACAGGCCACCUGGUUGCUGCUAAGCUGCUGCGGGUUAAGAUCAGCGCUCCUGACCAGGUCUGGGAUGUGGUGGAGCCCCACACCCCGCUCAAGGUCACCCUGGGCUUCAUGACGCCCAGCAAGAACCACCUGGCAGACUCCUCCUUCAGUCAGAAGAGACUCAUGUUCCACUCCUGCUAGAUGUGCCACGAGUUACCAUCCCUGGUUUUUCUGUUGCUCCGACGUUUUGAACCUUGUUGGGAAGUUUUCAGGCCAUCUUUGGAGAGCUGUUUGCUGCUGAGGUAGGGGGGUCAAAAUCCCUUUAUUAUUUUUUUAAAUCUUUUAUUUACGUUUAUUUAUUGAGAAUUGGCCAAAAAGCAGAAUACUUGUGCCUCCAAAAAUACAUUGGGUAGGAAUGUAAUUAAUGGAUUCAGAAAACCAUCAAAAGUAUUUUUUUCUUUAUUUAAAUUAUAUUUUAACCUUCUUCCUACUGCCUAUCCCUUUAAUCAAUAGGCAGUUGGUAGUCAAACAGUUUGGUGUGCCUAAUGUGGUAUGCAAAAGCAAAAUUUGCAAGACUGCAAGCUUACUAACAACCAUAAACAUGGAAUGCAGUUUCUGUUAAGGUCAUUCUAAAAAAAGAAAGCAGGUUGAAAUGUACAAUUUACUAACCUGUGUUUAGAAAUAGCAAAAGUAUUAGUUGAUAGCCUAUAUAGAUGACCUGUGUGACCUAACUUACAUUUGAUAUCAAUAUAGUAUUACAUGCUCAAAGUAAUCGAAAAUCUUUUGACUCCACCAAACUAUGUUGUACAUCUUUCUACUGCCCCAGAUCUCUUCUAGCCAAAAGUAGGGUUUUUUGCCUCUCUAUAAUAUGGCUCAAUUUUACAUUGUUCCUAGAAGGGAUUGUAUUUAUCAACUGAUGUAGAAUAUUUAUUGUACACUUGUACAGGUAUGAAUAUAGACUUGUUAUGUUACACUUUAUUCACUUGUGAAAAUGAUGCUUCUAGAACAUAUAGUUGUCUGGUUCAUAUAGCUAGAGUUUUGGAGACUGUUGUAGCUUGACUUCAAACAAAACUGUUAUAAACUACUUCUUUAUGUAAAUAUAGUUGCUUCUGAAGCUUU